AUAAACAUUUUCAAGUUCAUUCUAUCAUUUAUAAUAUUAUAUGAUAUCGCACGAUCACAUUAAAAUAGAAAAUUUUCUAAAGAUGUCUGGUCUAUCGCUCCGCUUAGCAACAAAAAUUGGAAAAAAAUUUAACAACACAUUACCCCAGGUAAAAACUUCUUCACGGACUACAUCAAAACUCAUAUGUCGGUCAUUACAUAUAACAUGCAGCGCAAGAGCUUCAGAAAUUUCUUCUAUUCUGGAGCAAAGAAUUUUAGGAGCUCCACCCACAGCUGAUUUAGACGAAACUGGCCGUGUUAUAACUAUUGGUGACGGUAUUGCCCGUGUUUAUGGAUUAAAAAAUGUUCAAGCAGAAGAGAUGGUAGAAUUUUCCUCUGGGUUAAAGGGUAUGGCUCUUAACUUGGAACCUGACAAUAUAGGAGUUGUAGUAUUCGGUAAUGACACACUAAUCAAAGAAGGCGAUGUUGUGAAACGUACUGGUGCUAUUGUGGAUGUACCAGUCGGCGACGAUCUACUUGGACGUGUGGUUGAUGCCUUAGGCAAUACUAUUGAUGGUAAAGGACCAUUGACGUCUAAACUUAGAUACCGUGUGGGUAAAAAGGCACCUGGUAUCAUUCCACGCAUGGCUGUACGAGAACCUAUGCAGACUGGCAUUAAGGCUGUCGACUCACUUGUACCCAUUGGACGUGGUCAACGAGAAUUGAUCAUCGGUGACAGGCAGACUGGGAAAACUGCUUUGGCUAUUGAUACCAUUAUCAACCAAAAGAGAUUUAAUGAUGCUCAAGACGAAAAGAAGAAACUAUACUGUAUCUAUGUUGCUAUCGGACAAAAAAGAUCAACUGUUGCCCAAAUUGUAAAAAGGUUUACAGACACCGGUGCAAUGAAGUAUACCAUCGUUGUAGCAGCUACAGCUUCCGAUGCUGCUCCCUUGCAAUACCUCGCCCCAUAUACUGGAUGUACCAUGGGUGAAUUUUUUAGAGAUAAUGGCAGACAUGCUCUUAUUAUCUUUGAUGAUUUAUCUAAACAAGCUGUUGCUUACCGUCAAAUGUCUCUGUUGUUGAGACGUCCACCUGGUCGUGAGGCCUAUCCUGGUGAUGUGUUUUACCUUCAUUCUCGUCUUUUGGAACGAGCAGCUAAGAUGAGCGAUAGUAUGGGAGGUGGAUCUUUGACUGCUUUGCCUAUAGUUGAAACUCAAGCUGGUGAUGUAUCUGCAUACAUUCCAACUAACGUAAUUUCCAUCACUGAUGGACAGAUUUUCUUGGAAACUGAAUUAUUUUACAAAGGUAUUCGUCCAGCUAUUAACGUAGGGCUUUCUGUGUCUCGUGUCGGUUCUGCUGCUCAAACUAAGGCCAUGAAGCAAGUAGCUGGUUCCAUGAAACUGGAAUUAGCCCAGUAUCGUGAAGUAGCAGCAUUUGCUCAAUUUGGUUCUGAUUUGGAUGCAUCUACUCAACAACUUUUGAGUCGCGGUGUUCGCCUGACUGAACUGUUGAAACAAGAACAAUAUGUACCAAUGGCCCUCGAAGAACAAGUCGCUGUUAUCUAUUGUGGUGUACGAGGAUAUCUUGAUAAAGUAAUCCCAUCCAAAAUUACUACUUUUGAAAAAGAAUUCUUACAACACAUAAAAACCUCCGAAAAAUCAUUAUUGGAAACAAUAGCAAAAGAUGGAAGAAUCACAGAUGAGAGUGAUGCAGAAUUAAAAUCUGUUGUUAUUAAUUUCUUAGCUUCAUUUUAAUAUGCCCAAAUAAAAUAAACUGAAAUUGAAA